AUGGAUAGAAUUAAUAAAGAAGAAAAAUAUCAAUCCAAUGCAAAAAUAGAGUUUCCUGAUGACAGUUUUGAUGAUCAAAUAAGCAUUGAUAAAGAAAAUAUAUGGGAUGCUGAUAUUAAUAUAAUUGAUGAUGAUCUUCAUAUGAUUAAUAAUGAUGAUAUAUUAGAAGAGAAUAAUUUAAAUUUUAAUAAUCCAGUUAAUAUAAUGGUUGAUCAUAACGUUAGAGAAGAAAACGAAAAAAUAUUGUAUGGUAAAAAAGACGAACUAAACUGUUUUAAUAAUUUGCAAAACAGUUCAAAUGGAAAAGAAAAUAUUAAAAAUGAAAAAGAUUUUAAUGAAAAAAAUAAUUUUAUAUUAGAAAGUAGAAAUGCGUAUAAUAAAGAUGAAAAUAAUUUUACAGAGUAUGAAUAUGAAGAAAAGAUAGAACAUACAAAAGAAAUACUCAUAAAUAAUGAAAAUAUAAAUAAUGAUUUAAAUAAUGAAAAUAUAGAUAAUAUUUUUAAUAAUGAAAAUAUAAAUAAUGAUUUAAAUAAUGAAAAUAUAGAUAAUAUAAAUAAUAUUUUUAAUAAUGAAAAUAUAAAUAAUGAUUUAAAUAAUGAAAAUGUAAAUAAUACUUUAAAUAAUGAUUUAAAUGAUGAAAAUAUAAAUAAUACUUCAAAUAAUGAUUUAAAUAAUGAAAAUAUAAAUAAUACUUUAAAUAAUGAUUUAAAUAAUGAAAAUAUAAAUAUUAUUUUAAAUAAUGAAAAUGUAAAUAAUAAUUUAAAUAAUGAUAAAAUAGAAAGUGGUUUAAUAGAUCUAGAUAAAACAAGUAAUUCGAUUAAUGAAGAUUCAUUUAAUUCUUUAAGCAAUGUAAAUAUAUCUAGUACUUUAAUGAAUGAAACUACAACAGAUAAUUUAAUUAAUAAAAACACUCAUGAAGUUAUAGAAGAAAGUAUCCUAAAUGAUAAUGUUAAAUUUCUUGAUAAAUUAAAAAAAAAUAAUGAAAAUUUUUCAAAUAAUGAAAAAAAUGAAAUUUUUGCAAAUGUUAAAAAAAAGUUUGAUAAAUAUUCCUCUUUUUUUUUAAACAUAAAAGAAAAAAAAAAAGGUCUAAAUAAUAUAAAUUUCAAUUGUAAUGAAAAUCUAUCAAUACAGAAAAAAUAUACGGAAGAAAAUAAUAAUGUUUAUGAAAAUAAUAAUGAUUAUGAAAAUAAUAAUGAUUUAAUAUGUAAAAAUAAAAUCCUUCUAAGUAAAAUAAUGGAAAAAGAUACUCUUAUUAAUAAUUUAAGAGAAGAUUUAAACAAUAUAUCUAAGUUAAGAUGUAAUGAAGAAAUAAUACAUUUUUAUAAUAAAAAAGUAGAUAUUUUAAAUAGUGAAGUAACUAAUGUAAAAAAUGAAUAUAAUAAUUGUGUGAAAAAGUGGUUACGUAUAAAAAAUAUAUUAAACAUCAAUGAUGAUGAAACUUUAAUAAAGUAUAUAGAAGAUAUUACUAAAAAAUAUAUAUGUGAUAAAUCUAUUGAAAAUAUGAAAGAAGUAAAUACGAGAAUCAAUGUAGAUGAAUUAAAUAAAGAAAAUGAAGAUAAAGGAAUAUUAUCAAGCGAACAUAAAAAUUAUUAUAUUAAUAUUAUUGAAAAUUUGCAGAGCGAAAUUAAAAUAAAAGAAGAAACAGUUAAAAAAAUUACAGAAGACUUAAAUAUUUUACAAAAUAAUUCAAAGAAGUGCAAGUGUAGUUUUAUAAGUCAUGAAAAUAAAGUAAAUAAUUUGAUGGAAGAAAAUAAUAUAAUGAAAGAACUGGAAAAACCCACAAUAAAUAAUUAUGAAGAUAUAAAUCAAGAUAAAUUAAGUUUAAAUUCAUUAAUUAAAAAUAAAGAGGAACUUACGAUGGAUGAAAAUAAAAAUGAUGAAAGUAAUUACUGUAUAGAAUAUAACAAAAAAAUAAAUAAAAUGCAAUAUUUAAUUAAUCAAAAAGAUAAUAUAAUUAAGGAAAUAGAAAAAUCAUUAAAUGAAAAAGAAACGUAUAUAAAUAAAAUUAUUCAAGAAAAAAACAAAGCUAUUGAAGAAAUUGAUCAAUUAAGACAAGAAAUAAAUAACAAUGUAAACAUAGAAUCAUCUUUUAUAUAUAACUCUGGAAAUAAUGGAGAUAAAGGAAAAGAAAAGGAAUUAAUAGAAUUAAAACAUGAAAAUGAAAAAUUAAAAAAUAGAAAUGAUGAGAAUGAAAAGAAAUAUGAAGAACUAAAAAAUAAAAAUGUUGAAAAUGAAAAGAAAUAUGAAGAGUUGAAAACAAAAAAUAAUGAAUUUGAAAAGAAAUAUGAGGAAUUAAAAAAUAAAAAUAAUGAAUAUGAAAAGAAAUGUGAGGAAUUAAAAAAUAAAAAUGAUGAAAAUGAAAAGAAAUAUGAAGAACUAAAAAAUAAAAAUGAUGAAAAUGAAAAGAAAUAUGAAGAGUUGAAAACAAAAAAUAAUGAAUAUGAAAAGAAAUGUGAGGAAUUAAAAAAUAAAAAUGAUGAAUAUGAAAAGAAAUAUAAAGAAAUAAAAGCAAGAAUUAAUGAAUAUGAAAAGAAAUGUGAAGAGUUGAAAACAAAAAAUAAUGAAUAUGAAAAAAAAUGUGAGGAAUUAAAAAAUAAAAAUGAUGAAUAUGAAAAGAAAUAUAAAGAAAUAAAAGCAAGAAUUAAUGAAUAUGAAAAGAGAUGUGAAGAGUUGAAAACAAAAAAUAAUGAAUAUGAAAAAAAAUGUGAGGAAUUAAAAAAUAAAAAUGAUGAAAUUGAACGUUUAAAUGAAAAUUAUGAAAGGAAAUGUGAAGAACUAAAGCAAAAAAACAAAAUAGAUGAUAGUAAAUAUGAAGAAUACGAAAAAAAAUACGAUGAACUAAACAAUUUACUGAAAAGCAAAGAUGAUAUAUUAAAAGAAAAGGAUAUUGAAAUAAAAGAAAAAAUACAUGUAAUGGAAAUAGAUAUAAAUACGAAAAAUUCGAAAAUAUUUAAUCUGGAAAAAAAAAUUAAAGAAUUUGAGAAGAAAUUAAAUAAAACAGAAUUUGAUUUGAAUAAAAGUGAAGAAAAAUUACAAAAUGCUCUGGAAAAUUUGGAAAAAAAUGAUAUAAUGUAUAAAAAUAAAAUUGAAAAUUUGAAAAACAAAAUAAAUUAUUUAGAACAAGAAUUAAACAAUAAAGAGAAGGAAAAUAUAAAGUUAAUGGAUAUUAAUAAAGAAUUAAGUAUGAUAAAUAAUAAUUUAAAAAUUAAAGAAGAAGAAAAUGAGAGAAAUAUUUACAACUUAAAAUCAAAUUUAGAUAACAAUGAAAAAGAAGGAUAUAGGAAUUAUGAAAAAAUUCAAGAACUGAAUAUAAAAAUACAAAAUUUAAUUGAUGAAAAUAGUAAAAACUCCAAAAUUUUCGAUUUAUUAAAAAAUGAAAAAUUAAAAAUAGAAAACGAAAAUAGUUUAUUAAAGAAAGAUUUAUUGAAUAUGGAAGAAGAAUUAAAAAAACUACAGAAAUAUAGUUAUGAUAUUUAUGAAAUUAAAAAUUAUUUACAAACUACCAUUGAUAAAAAUAAAAACUUAAUUGACUUAAUAGAAUCUGAAAAAAAUCACAAAGAAGAAUUGAAAAAUGAAAUUAAACGGUUAAUGGUUCAAAUUAAUAAAUCAUCCAUUACUUUAAAAAUGUAUAAAAUGAAAUGCUCUUUUUUUAUUAGUAUUAUCAAAAAUUAUGAAGAGAACAUUAAUAUACUAGAAAAUAAAUUGAAAAAUUAUGAAUAUAAACAAAAAAGAAUAAAAAUAAAAGAAUAUUAUUCUCUUAAUAACAGUGAUAUAUAUAGUAUUGAUAAGGAAUCCAAAACAGAAAUUUUAAAUAAUGAUAUAAAAAAUAAUGAAUCAGAAACAUUAAUAAAAGAAACAUUUUUCCUUAGAGAAGAAUUAGAUAAAGAAAUAAAUAAAAAAAAUGAAAUUUUAAAUAAACUUCAAAAACUAUUAACUACUUUAAAAGAAAAAAAUUUAAUGAUGAAUGAAAAGAACUAUAAAAUAAAAAAGUAUAAAAUUCUAAAUAAUGUUUUACAAAAUUCUAUUACAGAAUAUCAGAAUAAUAUAAAAUCUUUAAAGGAAAAUAUAAAUAAUUUACAAAAGCAAAUAGAAUUAAAAGAAAUAAAAAAUAUAAAUAUUCCACCGAAAAUAAAUAUUAACAUUUCAAAAUUAUCAUCUUUUGAAAAUAACUUGAAAAAUGAACUAAAGGGAUUUAUAGGAAAUUCUUCUAAUUUUUUAGAAACAACUUUUAAAUAUAUUAAUGAAAAUACACUUAAAAAAAACUUACAUAACAAAACAUUUUUCUCUUCUUCAAUAGAAAAAAAAAAUGAUGAUUUACAAAAAAAUGAUCAUAACAAAGAAAAUAUUAUAAAUAAUGAUUUUACAGACGUUAAAAGUUUAGCAAAAAAUUUUAUUUACACCAAUAUGAAUAAAAUACAUAAUUAUAAAAAUGACAAUAGUGAUAAAACUAUUUUACAUUUAUCAAAUGAAGAGGAGAAAUGUGUAAUAAGUAAAGAAAAUUCAAAUAAAUAUAAUGAAGAAUUUUUAAAAAAUCAACCUGUUGAAAAUAAAAUAAAACACUUUGAACAAUUAACACCUGAAAAAAACUGUGAAAAUGACAAUAAAUAUAUAAAUCUUUUUAUUAGAAAAAAGAAUGAUCUUAAAUCAGGUUUUGAUAAUAAUGAUAAGUUAAAACAUGAAAAAGUUGAAGAAACUUAUGACGGAAUAUGUAAAAUGAAGAAAACAAUUAAUAGUUGUCAUAUAAAUAAAAAGGAAUUUGAAAAUAUUAAUGAAAAUGAUAAAUCAUUUAAAAAUUAUAAUGUAAAUGAAAAUGAUUUUUCCAAUGGAUAUAAAAAUUAUGAUAAAGAUUAUAAUGAUCUUUUUGAAAGAUCUGACGAUAAUGAAGUUUUUAUAGAGGAAGAAUUUGAAAUCAAUGAUGAUGAAUUAAAUAUUGGAGGAAGUUAUAAAAUUAUACAAGAUAAAAAGAAUAUAGAGAAUAUAAAUUUACCUAAUAAUUAUGUUAAUAAUUGUCAAAUAGACCAAACUGAGAAAAAUACAAAUAAAUAUGAAACAAAUAAAGAAAAAAAAGUCAUUUUGGAUAAAUUUAAUGAAGAUAACAUUAUAUACGAUAGUAACUCAAAACAAAAAGGAAACAAAAAAAAUGAAAAGGAAGAACAUUUACAAACUAAUUUAUCUGAGGAUGACGUAGAAAUAGAUGAAGUGUGGAAUGACAAAAUUGAUUUAGAAAAUUUAAAUAUUGAUGACUCUUAA